AUGAGCGGCCCAGGCGGGGGAAGUGAUCGCGCAGAGCGAGGCUGCAGCGGGCAGUGCGGGGACGCAGGAGCCGGCAGCCAGGCGCAGGGAGUACAUGUUACUAUGGCAAUGACUGCAGGGACUACAACAUCCUUUCCCAUGAGCAACCACACCCGGGAGAGAGUGACUGUGGCCAAACUUACACUGGAGAACUUCUACAGCAACCUAAUUUUACAGCAUGAAGAGAGAGAAACCAGGCAGAAAAAGCUAGAAGUGGCCAUGGAAGAAGAAGGUCUGGCAGAUGAAGAGAAAAAACUACGUCGGUCACAGCAUGCACGCAAAGAAACAGAAUUCCUGCGACUGAAGAGGACUAGGCUUGGCUUAGAUGACUUUGAAUCGCUGAAAGUUAUAGGAAGAGGAGCGUUUGGGGAAGUACGCCUCGUCCAGAAGAAAGAUACGGGUCAUAUUUAUGCAAUGAAGAUAUUGAGAAAAGCUGAUAUGCUGGAAAAAGAGCAGGUGGCCCAUAUCAGAGCAGAAAGAGAUAUAUUGGUCGAAGCGGAUGGUGCUUGGGUGGUGAAAAUGUUUUAUAGUUUUCAAGAUAAAAGGAAUCUUUACCUGAUCAUGGAGUUCCUACCUGGAGGUGAUAUGAUGACCUUACUUAUGAAGAAAGACACUUUAACAGAAGAGGAAACGCAAUUUUACAUUUCUGAAACUGUGCUGGCUAUAGAUGCCAUUCAUCAGCUGGGAUUCAUCCAUAGAGAUAUUAAACCAGAUAACCUCUUGCUGGAUGCCAAGGGUCAUGUGAAGCUAUCUGAUUUUGGACUAUGCACUGGUUUAAAGAAAGCUCAUCGAACUGAAUUCUACAGGAACCUUACACACAAUCCACCAAGUGACUUUUCAUUUCAGAAUAUGAACUCAAAGAGAAAAGCAGAAACGUGGAAGAAGAACAGACGACAGCUGGCAUACUCUACUGUUGGGACCCCAGAUUAUAUUGCUCCAGAAGUAUUCAUGCAGACUGGGUACAACAAGUUGUGUGACUGGUGGUCUUUGGGAGUGAUUAUGUAUGAAAUGCUAAUAGGGUAUCCACCUUUCUGCUCUGAAACGCCACAAGAAACGUAUAGGAAAGUUAUGAACUGGAAAGAAACGUUGGUAUUUCCUCCAGAGGUGCCCAUUUCAGAGAAAGCAAAGGACUUAAUUCUAAGAUUUUGUAUUGAUUCGGAAAAUAGAAUUGGUAGUAAUGGAGUAGAGGAAAUAAAGGAUCAUCCAUUUUUUGAAGAAGUUGACUGGGGACAUAUCAGGGAGAGGCCAGCUGCAAUCCCUAUAGAAAUCAAAAGUAUUGAUGACACUUCCAAUUUCGAUGAAUUUCCUGAAUCUGAUAUUUUACAGCCAGUGCCAAAUACCACAGAACCUGACUACAAAUCCAAAGACUGGGUUUUCCUCAAUUAUACCUACAAGAGGUUUGAAGGGCUUACACAGCGUGGCUCUAUCCCUUCCUACAUGAAAGCUGGGAAGUUGUGAAACAAAACAAAACCCCAUAAAAUUCAAAACAAAACAAAACAAAAAACAAACCUCAGGUAGCUGCAUCACCAGGCCUGCUUGGCGUAGAUAUCAAUACAGUGACUCUGGUGCGCAUCGACUUCACAAGGAAAUUCUACAGGAUUAGGAUUUCUAAGACUACUACAGAAAUUAGUUGGCAGUGCCAGCUGGCUUUUUUUUUUUUUUUUUUUUUUUUUUUUAAUAUUUGAAUAUUUUUGUUAACUUUAUUAUACAAAGGUACUGGAAUAAAAGGGUCAUACAUCCCUUUGCAACUGCACUGCCUAUGUGUGUAUAAAGGUUAAUUAUGCCUCUGUGUACUGUGGCUUUGUUUGUACUGUAAGCCAUCUAAUCCACCCAGGAGAAAAACAUAUCAUUUUAAAAAGCAACAUGGGCUAAUGUUGCAGCACCAUUAUUUUACUGCUGACCUGGUGGGUUUUAGAUAUACGGUAUAAAAACCAUCAACCAUAUUUGUAAAGGUCUCCUUCGAGUGAUUGUCCACAUGGAUUCCUCUCCUGGUGUACAUGCACCCAUGCACAGAGUAAUUUAACAGUCAUCAAACAACCAGAGACAACAUUGCUCUUUUCCUCGAAGAAGCCCCUCGCCUUGGUACAGAUAUUUCAGAAAUCCCGAGAACACCUGAAAGGGUAGCUCCACCUAUGGAAGAAAGAUACUCCUCCUCUUGCUCAGCAGUGAGAGCAUACCAACUAGAGGACAGGUUCCACCCUAUACUUAACCUUAUUAAUCAACUUCUGUAGCUCCACCUCUGCAGAUCAGGGCCCAUUCCAUCAUGCCCCAGCAGCAUCUGCAGCUCCUCUAAGUGGCAUUCCCUUUUUUUGAGCUAUGUAGGGCAGCUACCAUUUUCAUUCAGUACUAAUCCUUAGUAGAGAGCUCCAGAUCUGAUGUCCACUUUGGCAGAGCUGUCCUGCAACCAUUGUUUAAACAGACUGCAAGUAGACCUCUGGACAGUGAGGUCACUGCUUGUGAGGCACCAGAAGUGGCACAUAUGUGGACAAUUACGUAAACAAGGUUACUUGCCUUACAGUACCUGUGGUUCUUUGAGAUGUGUUCUACAGCCUGACCACCUUCCCUGAGGGAUGUUUGGGCCUGCUCUGGCCCUUAUGCCCUCAGAACAUCCAGGACGCAGAUGGGGCCUCAACAGACGCUGCUCUUCAAAAGAAUCUAAUCUCACACUUAUUAGGUGCAUGCACCCCAGAAGUGGAAUCCAUGUGAGCCACACAUCUUGAAGAACCACAGUUAAUAUAGAGUAAGUAGCCAUUCUUUAUCAAAAAUGUGCCCUAUGUGAUUGAACUUUGCAAGAUACAUGAAGGUAAUUUAUUAAGAAGAUUUCAUGGAAAUAGCAAACACUCAGAAAAACUGGUGGUUUGUGUGUGGGGGGAGAGGAGAAGUAUAUACAUUUAACUUAAAGCUACCUACUACACUGACUUGUCUGUACAUAUUGAUUGGUUUAUCACCAGGGGAA